AUGGAAGAUAGAAAUAGAGUUUCCUUACAAGAUAUCAUUAUUGUUUCAAUUUUAAGCUUUGCUUGCAUUUCUUUUUUGAUGAUUGCAAUUCAAUCAGUCCCACAAAAGAGCUGAGGCUAUGUCUUGAUAUAUGGAUUUGCUUCUUUUAUGCUGGUUUUACCUUUGUCAUAUUUUUUCCUCAAAUUAUGCUUAACUCCCCCCCCCCCCCUCCGUGAGCGAACAAAAAAAUUUUGUUCACUCACGGAGGGGGGUUAAUUUUUUUUUUAAAAACAAUUUAUAUAUAAAUUUUAUAAAAAAAUAUUUUUUUCGAAAUUUAAAAAAAAUCCUAAUUUGCAAAAAUUGGGAAGCAAAUACUAAUUUAAUUUGCAAAAUUUAUGUUUUAAAAACGCAAUUUGUUUAAAAUUAAACAGAAUUAGCUCUAGAUUUCAUUAUACUAAUUAUCACUUAUAUAGCAAAAUUUUUUUCUAUUAAAAUUUUUUCUAUUAAAAAUAUUUUUGUUCACUCACGGAGGGUGGGUUUUUGGUCAAAAAAUGGCGAUUUUUCUAAUGGUUUUGUUCGCUCACGGAGGGGGGGGGGGAGUAAGAAGAUCGCAUAUCACGAUUAUGGAUUCCCCCUAUACUUAA